AGCCAAAACAAAUGCGGCACCAUCCGGAACGUGAACUCAUUGAACCAAGAGAAUGCCGCAAAUUACUACCAACAAUAAUUCAACGGAAACGUAAUUACGUUGGACUGCCGCGACCUUUUACUGAACGGUAUACGUUGCCGCAAGGAAAAAUGUCUAGCUCAGUGACGGUAGUAAGGCUACAACAGCGGUUCGAAGCUGGGUUUUUCUUCUGGGGCCUAUUGCUAAAGAAGCCUGGAAAUGCGCGGAAAUUCACUACUGCUAGGAGAACAUUACUAGACAUCUGUGGGGUGUACAGCCACCGUGAGACACUGCAAAAUGCUGCUGCUAAGAGGGAAGUUGAAGUCUUUGACAUACUUGUGGCCUAUUCGGUUGUGUUCUCGGAAAACGGCGUACCUUGUGACCCAGUAAAUUGAACAGUGCACAACAUGAAGAUUGGUUGCCUCUUCGGGGCUGCUUUAAUAGCCUGGACCACCCGCGUGGAUGCGUUCCGAGCAGCAUAUCGCUUGUUAUCGAAUCUCGAGCCAACUGCUGGGGCGUAUCAAAGAGAUAUGUGGGGGCAUCCCAUUAAGGUAGCCAAUCCAGGAUAUCAGUGGGCAAUACCGGCAGGGCAAACCGUCAACGAUCCAGUGUUUGGUUCUCUUCCUAGCGCACCUGGCGUACCUGUAGCUGGGACAACGGGCACAAAUCUCCUCUACGGGCAAACAACAACACUAAGUGGGCAGUCGCUUUCGCCUACACCACCAGGACCGACUAUGCCGCCGCCUGCAGGAGAGCUUCCAGUUGUUGUCGGCAUGGCGCAAGGAGCAGCGGCCGCAACUUCCGCGCAACUGUGUGCAGCGCGUCAGCCAGCCCCUGCCGCUGCGGCCACAGGGAAUGUACCCAUUGUGUCGGCGGCGGCAGUUCCGGCUGCUGCAGUGUCCAUUCCAAGUCUGGGAGGCACCCUAGCGAAUAAGGUGUUAGAGUUCUUCACAGCAUCUUCUUCUGUGCCCAACCGGCCCUUCACUUACCCGUUGAUGAACACGAACAUCCCGCUCACCAUAAAGCAAGUUUUGAAAGAACAGGCAAGAAAAGCCGCCUGGCAAGAACUGGAGCCACCCGCUGAUCUGACUUGCCCUAGAAAUUAUGCCAAGAAGUGCCCUGCCGGAUGGGAAGAAAUAAGCGACACUGAAUGCCGAGCCCCGGUCGACUACAGCGGCCCAUGCCCUCAUAUUCUGGCCUUUGAGGCAAAGACACCUCAAGACAAGUCGCAGAUCUCUUUAGAGUGCAAAAUGAGGUGGCCGUGUAUGGAUGCCGUUUGUGAUGCUCGUGGAGGACGUAACUACUCCUUAGAGUGCCCAGAAGGAUGGAGCUACAACGGAAAAUGUAUUGCGCCAGCCGAUUAUAAGGGCCAUUGCGAGGCAGAACAAGACCUGUCAGGGCUUCCAGCAGCAGACAAGGAACGUUUUGCCGUUGCAUGCCAGGUUGAAUGGCCGUGUCAGCAAGUGGACUGCGGUAAGGAACUUGAGGAUCGUGUGCUUCAGCUCACAAUCAACAUCAUUCGUGAUUACACACACACAUGCCCCAACGGCUGGUUCUAUGAUGCUGAGGCACACAUGUGCCGGCCUCCCUCGGGCUUCGCUUCUGCCUGUUCAGAUACUCGCGACCUCCAGCGACUCACUCCACAGGCGCGACAGGCUUUUGCCGCUGAAUGCAAUGUGCGGUGGCCGUGCGUAGAACAGACAACUGUCGCAUCUUGCAAGCGAGCAUACUCUACAGCCCCAUGCCCGUCGGGUUGGAUGAACCUGAUGGAUUCUGGAGCAUGUCGUGCGCCAGAGAGCUUUGCAUCGUCGACCCAGUGUCCCUCGCUUACGCAUUUUGACUUCAUGUCUGAGCACGACAAGCAAGAGUUCGAGAGGCGAUGCCGCGUGACCUGGCCCUGCGAAGGGCAGGCGACACGAAAUUGCUCCGGAUGCCCUAUCGGCUGGCAGCGAAUCCCGCGAAAACCAGGGUGGUGCGAGCCAGGGCCGUUAUAUACAGGUCCCUGCAAGAGGCCUCAAGAAUGGGGAUCGUUAUCCGACGACCAAAAGCAAACUCUGCUGAAACUCUGCAACAUUGACUGCUACCCCAUUGACACAAUCAAUGGCGCGUUCACAUUGACUGACGGAUUCGAUGCAACACGCUUGCUCACAGGAACCGCAGCAAGCGAUGCGCAUACUCUCACAUAGGGUGCGUUGUGGUGGGACGAAGCUGGUGGAUGUUUAACUCCGCGUCGCACGCUGUUUUCCACGAAAUUGUAUGCAGACUCCCGGAAGAUAAAAUGAGAGGAUCAGCACAGGAUUCGCACAUGCCAUAGGACUAUGUCACCGCGCUGUGCCUCGAAUGAUCUCACAAUGAUGUGCGGGUUCAUCAGUGUAUCCGAUGUAACAAGACCGAACUUCAUUUGGAUCGUUGUCCUCAUCGACACAGCAGGUGACGCUGCAACAGUUGGGGUCAUCGC